AGCCCGGCAACUGGGCAUCGUUAUCAAGAACCUAUCACAACAACACUCGUUGUUAAUCCCCGCACUUUUGUGCCAGUUGAUACGGCAUGACAAGACACGGCGGUAUCAGCUGGGCAUGGGUGACGAUAUGCGCCACGUCCCAAGAUGGGUGCUCGGAUAUAUAGCCCGUCGUCAGCCUGGGCGACGAGGGUGAGUGUUGCAAGACUAAUUGUCACGGUCUUUGACUGUGAAUGGAGCCAUUGACACCGUCUGGCACUACUCUGUAAUCAUGGGAGGGCAGGAUCUGACCGAUGAAGCGGCAUGGCCUCCCGGGACCGUCCGCCUCGAGAGGUUGCUCGCAGGCAGCGGGCAAGCCUCCCAGGACGAGAUCAUCCUGCUGCCGCGCCCGAGCAGUGACCCAAACGACCCUUUGACGUGGCCAAAAUGGAGGAAGUACCUCAACUUUGGCCUUGCGACCUUCUACGCCAUGAUGGCGUAUGGCCAGAUCAAUGCGACCACGCCCACAUGGGGCCCAAUGAUGGACGAGCUUGGCUUUGAUGCUGUUUUGAUGAACAAUACGUAUGCCAUUGGGUGCGCGACCCUCGCAUUAGGAAGCUUGAUGCUCAUCCCGUUCGCCCUCAAGUACGGCCUGCGUCCAAUCUACAUUCUCAGCAGUGCCGCCCAGAUGGCCAUUAUGAUCUGGGCCGCCCGUACCGUAACCGGGGCCGACUGGUGGGGGGUCAACGCGCUGCAGUGCUGGGUGGGCUCGCUCGCCGAGACCAUGGUCCAGAUGACUGUCGCCGACGUCUUCUUCGUCCACCAGAGGGGCUUGAUGAACUCCAUUUACGUGUGGGCGAGUAAUUUUGGCACCAGCCUGGCGCCUGUUGCUGCCGGGUUCGUCACAGCCUCCAUGGGAUGGAGGUGGGUGUGGUGGUGGUUCGCCAUCUUCUUUGGGGUCGUCCUGGUUGCAUUCAUAGUUGGUUUCGAGGAAUCGAAAUUUGACUGGACCGCAGCUGUCGUCCAUGGCGUCGUUCCGUCGUCGAACGAGGCCGGCACCAUGAGCAGCUCCGAAGUUCAGGCCGACAGCAAGGGGCCGGCUUCAGACCCUGAGAAGGAGGCUGUCUCUGAACUGGUGCCGGGCGGGGGCUCUCUCACGGCUGUGCAGAUCGAUCCGUCUGUACCUCGUAAAACGUACCUGCAGAGACUCAGUUUUACGACCAAAACACCAGGGCCAUUCAAGUUAUUCGCCAGACACGCGUAUCAGCCUUUCCAGAUACUCUUUACCAUUCCCGGAGUGGCAUACAUGUCCCUGGUCUAUGCUGUGCUCUUGGCUUGGUCGACGGUCAUGGCUGCUGCCCUCGCCACGUACAUGAUCCUGCCGCCCUAUAACUUCAACUCGACCCAGAUCGGACUCAUGAACCUGGCCCCUUUCAUUGGCAACACGCUGGGGUCCUUGAUCUGCGGGCCCAUGAGCGACUGGGCCAUCCUGCGGCUGGCAAAGAGGAAUCACGGUGUCUAUGAGCCCGAGAUGCGACUCUGGAUAUUCGUGCCGUUCAUCCCGUUCCAGGUGGCGGGUGCCUUCUGGUUCGGUCACGCCCUGCAGGACGGUCAGCCUUGGGUGGCCGUGGCUGUCGCGCACGGGAUGACCAACCUGGGGUCUGCUCCGAUCUCGAGCAUCGCCCUGACCUACAUGACGGAUGCCUACAAUGAGAUCAUCGGCGACGCCCUGGUGGCUCUCACAUUCUCGCGGAACACGAUGAGCACCAUCUUUGUCUUCGCCAUGACCCCGUGGAUUGAGCGUGUGGGCAUGGGCAAUGUGUUCAACACGAUCGGGGCUAUCGGGCUGGCUGUCCUGUUGUUCGCCUUUGCUUUCCUGUGGAAGGGCAAAUUGUGGCGGUCUCGGAACGCGAGGCGCUACAAAAGGUACGCCGCGAAGCAGUUCGAUCCUCGGCCCAUAGACAACCACAUCUAGCAUUUUGCCCUUUGCCCACGCGAAAUGCCUGGCCGGAUCGGGAAACAGGUGGUCGGCGCCACGUGCGUUUGUUGCAAUGUACCUAGGUGCCUAGGUACUGGUUCCAACCUGGAGAUUGCAUGUUGCAGGACAGGAUCGUUGAGGCCUGGGCUCACCGACAAAAAGUGGCAUGGUCUCUUCGCAAUACUCGGUAAAAGGGGCAAUGGUAACUCUCCGAACGCAAGACAAAUAUUUUUCAGCUCG